AUGGAAAAAACACCAAGAAACUCUGUAGAAGACUUGUUAACGUUAUUUAAAGAUGUUAAAGAUGAUAACAAAUUAGAGAGUGAAGAAACAAAAAAGACAGAGAAAAAAGAGAGGAGAAAAUCUCUGAGUAUUAAUGUAAAUGAUGAAGUACCAGAAAAAAGAAAGAGAAAAAGCACAAAACAAGAAGGAACCCCACAACCAAAAGUUGGAGCUAUGCUUGAAAUCCAAUACAAGCACUUACCAGAUAAAAUAGAUAUUUCUGAAUUAAAGGUAUUAAUUGAAAAAAUACCAAGAAUGGAAGAGAAAAUAAUGUUUAAUGAGAAAAGUCUUGAACAAUCAAUUGUUAUAAAUUGUACAAACAAUGGAAUUCAUGCAUUGAUUGGUGAUAAUUAUGUUAUACUCAACAAAGAUUUACUCAAAGAAAUCAUUAAUAGUAAGAGAUUGAUUAUUGUACAUAACUUAAUAGAAGAAAUCAAAAAUUAUAGAAAUGAUAUUAAAUGUGUCUUGGAAAACUUCAACACAAACAACAGAAUCUUUGACACUUACAUUGGAGCAUCAACAAUAGAUCCAGGAAGUGUUGAUGGACAAACAUUCAAUCAAAUUUGUUUAGUCUAUGAAGUUAUAAUAAAUAAAAGUACUACAGAAGAAAGAUUGAAACAAACAAGAAAACUUGCACUGAAAGAAGUAGAAAUUAUGAAUAAAUAUAAUAUGAUAAAAGUAUUUCAAGAACAAGAAAUGAUUAUUGAAGGAGUUUUGAUUGAAAUGAAUUAUUGUAAUGAAUUUAAGAUUGACGAUAAAUUAUUGAAUGAACAAAGAAAAGUAUUAAUUGAAGAACAAAAUAAAAUAGAAAUAGAAACAAAGAAAAUUAUAGGAAAAACAAUUAAUUUAUCAUCUCCUGAACAAGUUAAGAAAGAACUUAUACGAUAUAAUAUUGGAAUAGAUGGAGUAAAAAAGAAAGCAACAACAGAUAAAAAGAUACUCAGUCAAUCAGGUCAUCCAUUUGCUAAACUUGUUCUUGAAUAUAGAAAAAUUUCUAAACUUCUUUCUGGUGUAAUUGAACAAAUCAGAAGAUGUUGUAUUAAAACAGGUGAUGAAUAUUUUAUUAGAACUAAAUGGAGUCAAACAGCAAUUACAACAGGAAGAAUUCAAUCCAAGAAUCCUAAUCUUCAACAAAUUCCAAAACAAGCAUUUUCACUCCAACAAUUUGUAGUAAUUCCAAGAGAUUUAUUUAUUACACAUAAUAAUAAUACUUUUGUUGCAAUUGAUUAUAAUCAAAUUGAAUUAAGAAUUUUAGCUAAUUUUACAAAAGAUCAUCAUCUCAUUGAAUUCUUUAAAUCAAAUAUUGAUAUUCAUAAACUUAUUGCAGCACAUUGGCUUAAAAAGAAUGUAAAUGAUAUCACUGAUGGUGAAAGAAGAAAAGCUAAAACAAUUGUGUAUGGGUGUAUUUAUGGGAUUGGUCCAUUUUCAUUGGCUGACCAACUUCAUAUUUCAUUAGAUGAAUCUAAAACAUUUUUAGAGUCUUUUCUUGACCAAUUCCCAUCAUUUAAAAAAUGGAAAGAAGAAAUUAUUACCAAUGCAUCAACAACAGGUUUUGUACAUACUAUUAACAAUAGACGAAGAAGAAUAAAUAAUUUAACAGAUUCUAGUGAUAAAAAGACACUUGCAGAAUCUAAACGAAUUGCAGUUAAUUCUCCAAUUCAAGGUACUGCUGCUGAUAUUAUCAAAAUGUGUAUGAUUGAAAUAUUCAAAAAAAUACAUUCAACUUGGUUAGGUGUUCAACUCUUAUUAAAUAUCCAUGAUGAAAUUGUUUUAGAAGUACCUGAUCAUUUACUCGAUGAAGUUUGUGUCACAUUAAAAUAUUUGAUGGAACAUAUUGUCCAACUUGAAGUUCCUCUUGUAGUUACUGUUGAAACAGGAAAGAAAUGGGGUUCUCUUCAUCCUUACAACUUUAAUUAA